UUUAAGCGACUGCCCCUUUAACUUCACCUGAACACACCUGAACUUCCUUCCAUUACGGAAGUUUCACUGCAGUAGAGGAAAAACAAUCCAGAAAACAACAACAACAACAACAUCCUGUGCUGAAAUAUGGAAUUUCUGUUUUCAUUUUCCCGGGACAAUGGACACGGGCCCUCCUGGACCAGCAGCGGUGCUCCAAACGCCUGAAUGGGUAGCGGAGGUGGACAAAGUAAUGAAGGAUGUAAACAGCACUGAGGAGGAAGAAGAGGAAAUGAUCAAAUCUGCAAGUAUGGAAACCAGUACCCUACAGUGGCCUGAGAAAAAACCUGAACCACAGAUUCUGCCAGUCAAGGAUGAAGAGAGCACAAGCGUGAAAUCAGAUUGCAUCUCACUCCGAUGUGGAGUGAGCCGGACGGAGAGCGAGAGGGAGGAAUUUGGGCUGAAGGAGAUGGAAGCAGGGAAAGAGAGUGUUUCUGACACUGAGCUGAGAAACAGAGUGAAAAGCACCUGCUCAGAGAUAGAGGUGGAGGAGGUGAACAUAAUGCCAGAGAACGCAGCCCGAGUCUUCAGCCCCAGCAUCACCAUCCUGCGCUCCACCAGCGAGCAGGAGGCUGCAGACGACUGGAGAGAAGAAGAGAGAAGUCCCUUCAUGGGGACACAUGGAACACCGCUAGAACACUAUUACCAAGACUGGCCCGUCACAACCAAAUCACGCUGCUGUAGCAUUGGUGGAUCUUAUCGUGAUGCUCUUAAACUGGGUGCGUCUAUGCUCACUUCUGCCCUGAUCUUCCCCUUAUUGGUAUGGGGUGGCUACGUCUUCCUGCCCUUUGAUGCCCCUCUACUUGACAGCGCCCCCCUACGGCUGGUCUACAUGCUGCGCUGCUCUGUUUUUGCAGUCAUACCUAUUGUCCUUGGUAUGUUGGUACUAGGUGUGUCCCGUCUGAGGUAUCGCUCCUUGAAGCCGCGGUUUGAAGGGGAGAGGGAAGUUCAGCAGGUGGCAGUUCACCAGCGCUAUGUGGAGGACUCCGUCUCCCUCUUUCUCCUUUACUUCCUCCAACUGGCUGUCAUGGCUGCCUACCUGAAUCAGGAUCUGCUUAAACUAAUUCCUCUUCUCACCAUCGUUUUUGCCUUUGGCAGACUACUGUACUGGGUCGCAGCAGCUUGUGACAGCAGUUUGAGAGGUGUUGGCUUUGGGUUCUCGUUUCUGCCAAUGCUGGUUAUGCUGGUGGCCAACCUCUACUUCAUCUUCCUCUCUGAAUCCGCAGGCUCCAUCUUUGCCCCAGACAUCCCAGAACCACCUGUUCCUCCAACCAAACAGCGGUUCUGGGGCUAGACAUGCCACAUCUGACACCUCUGCUACUGCCAAAUGUAGACCAGAUCUCUUUAGGCUUAGAGCCAGCUUAAAUUGGACUAUGAGACAUUUGUUUUGUAUCUGAGAACGUUUAAUCCAACUGUGAUUUCUUUUUCCUCUCCUGUUCUUUGCUUUUCUGAGUACUUUUAUAUCAUGACCAGGUGGGUUGAAAUUGCCAGAACUCCUGUCAAAGGAAAGAGAAGAGGUGUAGAACAAAGGGAGGAAUGUGUUUUUUUUCUCCUUGAACUAACUUAUAAAUAGAAUUUGUGUAGUGAAACGUUAGACACUAAACUACAAAUUAAAAUGAACUACCCUUUAUUGCUGCUGAACAAGAUUCGUCAUCACUCAAAAGAGCUCCAAAUAGACUGGUUUCAACUCAACUAUUUUAAGAUGAGACUGUCAACAAGAAGAAAACAAAUUUCCAAUUAUUUAUUCCAAGUAUCUAUUUUUUCUUAUUUGGUUAGGCAUCGUUUGCUUAUUCAAGUCUACAUUGCGUGGUGUGUGUGAAGUUAGUGCCCUGCCCAAACUUGUAAUUUUCCACAACCACUCCUUCAUCUCUUUGGUAAUUUACGGGCAAUGUGAUGUUUACUGUGUGCAAAGUGUAGACAUAUUUUGAACAGAUUUGUAAAAAGAUAUGACUUCAGUAAUCAAUUAGAAGAUCUUGUAAAUGAAAUACUAAUCAAAUCUGCAAAGAGAUAUAAGAAAACUGUAGCCUAGUGCAACUGAAUGUAUUAAGCUGGAAUUAAUUCCUGUUCGUUAUAUUUUCAUAAACAUUUUUAACAAA